UUUAGUUCUCAAGAAGAUAUCGUCGAGAGCGUAUCUCCGUACAAUGUAUAACCGGUGACGUUCCGGUGACGUGUUUGUGUUAUAAAAAUAUUGACGUCAUUUUUCCGUGAUCUUCCCCCCCCCCACCUUAAAAAAGAAAUUAAUAAUUCCUUUGACAUGAUUGUUCCAUUUCCAAAGUGUGUGACCAAAAAAUUGCAAGAUGCACUUAAUAAAUUAUUCAAAACAAAAUACCAAUCACGCGUAACGUUGAAAACUACAUUCCUGAUCCACUUAGCGUGAAGAUGAAGUUGGAUAAAAUCAGCCGGAAAUCAGGACAAAAACUUCAACUACAUUCGUGAUCUUGCAAUUAUUUUUUUUUUUAGCAUUAUCUCAAAAAUUUCAGAUAAUGUGAAUUUAGAAAAGAAAAAUAUCUCUCUCACAGACUCCAAUUCAAUUUAGUUUAAUUAGGUGUAAAUUAGGUCAACAAAACAAAAAAUUUAGUCUAGUUAUUUAAAUUUUAUUUAAUAAUUUAAAUUAAAUAUCUUUAUUUAAUAAUUGUGAUGAAAAUCAAACAUUUACAUAUUAAGUAAAUCACUAAAAAAAUUAUAGUCAAUUAAAUUACAUGUUGAUUUGAAUUUUCAAAUUUAAAAAAAAAAAAAAUAAAAAAGUAACGCUAAUUUAAUAUUAAAAUCAAAAAUGUACAAACAUAACGUCAUCCUUUUACUGGUGUGUAUCUCGGUCACGUUCGCGAGUUCCCAAUUCUUCAGUUUCGAGAAACUCAAGUCGUAUGCGAAGCUCUUUAAUGCUCGCGAUUUGCCGGUUAAUGAAACCGGAAAUGAAUUCUGGCAUGGACUUAUCAGAGAUUGCAAAAAGAGGAUAACUUUCUCCUGUAUCCAAAAGAAUGCUUACACAUAUCUUGACAAUACAUUCACUGAACGUGAUAAUAUUACAGUUUUCGAUGGAUUGAUAUUAACGAAAAAUCAAUUGAAUUAUCAAAGUUGUCAACGUCAAUCAAAUGUUGUUGAUAGUGUGAAUGAAAAUUUAGUGGAUAAUUCGAAUGUUGAUGAUGAUGAUCUCGAUAAACGAAAAAUAAAAAAUAAUUGUGAUAAUCGUGAGGAAUCUCGUGAUUUUAACAAUGAACCAUCAACACCAUUGGAAGAAAUUACAAAUGCCCUUCGUGAAAAAGCUGUAAAAUUUCUAGCAACCCGAAAUUAUGAUGUACAACUUCCGGAAUUUUUCUUUCAAGGUGCUAAUUUCAAAAUUAGCCCUCGCGAAAUUGACGCAAAUGGAGCACUCGUCAGAAUUGAUUUUGCACCCAAACCUAUUAAAAAUGAGGGAAGACUUUUUUUCAAAAAAAUCCGAAAGGCAAUACAAAAUAAAUUGUUGAUGAGCUUCUUGGCCCUUCUACUGAUAAUAAAGCUGAUUAAACUGAAAUUCAUGUUUGUCAUUCCCUUCCUAUUUGGAGUGGGAACGGCGAAAAAAUUAUUCCUAAAAUUAUUGCUGUUUUUGGUACCAGCAUUUGCUCAUGUAUUUAAAUUAUGCUCGAGCUAUUAUAGCAGUCCUUAUUCAAAACUACAACAUCAUCAUCAUCAUCAGGUGGCUCAUCAUCAUCAUCAUGUGCCAGUUCCAGUUCCAGUACCAGCAGCGAGUCCAAUUUAUGUCGAUCAUCAUCCACCACAUCAUGAGGAAGAAUUUAAUGGUUAUGACUAUGCCCAUCCACAUAUUCAAUAUCGCAAGGAUAUGGAGGAAUUAAAGGAAUGGGGUAUCGAACCAUAUGAGGAGCCAAUUGAAGAGGUCAAUCAACAUUUGGGUCCAAUUAAUCCAACACCAUUGUCGCCUGUCUAUCCUGGACCAUAUGGUUCGCAAUACGCCGCAAAUUCACGACCUCAAGCUCAUAAUCUCGCAUACUCUGGUUAUGUUGAUGAAAUCAAAGGCAAUAGACAACGUGCACAUGCGGUACCAUCGGCGUCAAAUAUUGGACCGGUUUAUUCAUCAGUACCAGCAAAUUCUCCAUCAGCACCAGCAUCAAUUCAAGUUGUCCAAAAUCCACAAUCGAACAUUGUGCCAUCAACAGUUAAAGUGACCAAGAAAAAUCCUUACAAUGUCUUUGCUCAACCGGUGCAACAAAUACAGCAGCAACAACAUUUACAACAGCAGCAGCAGCAACAAUUGCAACAACAGCAGCAGUUGCAACAGAUGCAUCAGCAACAAUUGCAAAAUCAACAGGUGCAACAGACGAGAGUGGGUCAAGGUCAAAAAGUGGUCCAGGUAGCUAAAGUGCCGGGAGUUUCACGUGCAGUUUAUGACGACGAGUUUUAUGGACCAAUUGUUGGCCGGCUAGACGAGAUCUUUGGACAAUUGAGAUUUGCCGAGGAGAAUUGUAGGGAGAGGCUUGUUUGUAGCAUGUACAAGAACCCGGCGAUCUUUGCACCACACAGUAAUCUUGUGUCCAACGAGCUGUCCAGGGAUCCUCAAGAGCUGAAGCGUGGAAAUUCGGCCACAGUUUCCAGUCAAAGGUUUCAUCGCUAUCUUGGUGCCGCGAGGUUAGGACAAGACGUUGGAGAUUGCUUAAGAACGUAUCCAUGUCACAUAAAUACAGAAUAAAGAUACACAUUUUUUUAUCCAAAAAUAUUGAUGUAUAAAUGUCAAAAAUUUUUUUUUUUUUUUUUAGUAGAACUACUGAAGGAAAAUAUUUUCUUUUAACAAUAAAAUAUUUUGUUGUCAAUUUUAGUUGAAACAAAAUUCUUUUUUUUUUUGUUUUAUGUUGAAAUUUAAGAAAUAUUUUAAUUUAAUGUUAAUAAUAGUUUUAAAAUUAAGCUAAUAAAUUUCUAAGAAAAAAUUGACUUAACAUUUAAGUUAAUAUUUUCUUUCUUCUUUUUUUCAAACAUUGAUUUGCUUAAAAUACUUUUUUUUAAACAAUAUUUUUUUUACUUGAAAAAAAUAAUAGUUAAAAAAUAUUUGUCUAAAUAAUGUGUAAUCGGACAAGAAUUUAAGUUUUCAAAAGCAUCAACAAAAUGUUUUAUUAUUAAUAUCAAAUUUUUUUCUCCAGUGAAGAAUAGAAUUAUUGCUUCAGGUAUACAAUAAAAAAUGAAUUAUCAUAAUUUCAUUAAUCAGUCGAAUUUUGCCUUUAAUGUAAAAACGCUCAAAUUUGUAAACAAUAGCCGUAAACAAUAUAAUUAUAAGAAUACGCAUUUUGUCAGUAAUCUAAAAUCUAUACCACGUGUAAUAUUCAUGAAUGGAAUUUUUGUGGGAAGAUUUUAGACCAGAACUUGGAUCUUAGUCACGCUUGUUUGUAAAGUUUCAUUGUUGUAAAAUGAAUAAUUAUAUGUAUAUGUAUUAUAAAAUAAUAAGGUAACAUUUUAAGUGUAAA